AUGGCCCUCCCAACAACCAUCCCCACUCUCCUCCAAAAAACCGCCGCCUCAACCACCCUAACCCUAACCAACUCCCCAAUCCCAACCCCGACCCCAAACUCCGACGAACACCUCAUCCAAAUUAAAGCCUGCUCACCCUGCUCCGGCGAACUUCUCUGGCCAAAGAACUUCCCCCACCAACCGAACGCCCCCUAA